AUGCGUGCACAGGUGGCCAAGGAGUGCAUGGACCCCCAAUUCACCGCCGCACUUCGCCAGGCCUUCCACAUAGCGGAAGAUGCUGGUGCUGAGCAGGAAUUAGUUGUGCUCUGGCGCAUUGUCAAAGGCGUCUUUCUGCUGGCGGACGCAAAAGCGACCCAGCGUUACCUGAGGCAAGACCUGUACGAGGACGUGAUGGGCAUGCUCGAGUAUGAUGAGGGCAUACCGAAAGAAAAGCGCAUCUGUCACAGGCAAAUGCUGAAGGUGGCCGUUCGCUUCAAAGAGGUCUUGACCUUCCAAGAUGCUGAGAUGCUCGGGGGCCUGGGGAUCGUCAGCCAAGGAGACCAGAAGGUGUCGGAACAGGCAUGGACAGAGCCAGUCGUGGAGCUGCCGCAUGCCGUUCAGGACGAGCGGGAGGAGAAUGAUCUCAUCGAUAUCUCGGCCAAGGCACCCGACAUCUACGAGGCAGAUGAGGAGCUGCCUGUGCCGCCGCAGUCAAAGGAAGAUACGGAUGUCGUCAAGGAAAGGCCUGCCACGGCAUCUCUGUGCAAGCUGUACUCCAUGAUGGAUGCUGUGGACGCGGUGGUGCUUUUCUUGGGCUUCGUAGGUGCCGCUGGGAAUGGGUUGUGUCAGCCAUUGAUGUGCAUCGUCUUCGGUGACCUCAUUGAUGGCAUGGGAGGCAACGCCGUGGACGUGUCGCCCGAGAUGAUGGAAGCAGGCAUGGCGGCGAUGAUGGACCAGAUGGAGGAGCUCUGUGUGACGAUGUUACUCGUCGGCCUCGGUUCCUUCGUCGGGGCCUCCCUCCAGGGAUCUUGCUUCAAGAUCUUCGCCGAGCGGCAGGCGCUGAAGUACCGCAUGCUGUACUUCGAUGCGGUUCUGCACCAGGACGUCGGCUGGUUUGACACGAAGGAUAUUUCUGCGCUUCCAUCGGAGAUCAACGACGAUCUACACAAGAUUCAGGAUGCCUUUGGCGACAAGUGUGGCAACGGCGUCAUGUCUGCUGCAGCAUUUUUGGGCGGCUUUGGUUGUGCAUUUGGCAUGGGCUGGCUGAUUGCUCUCGUGAUGUGUGCCAUGCUUCCGUUCAUGGGAGUCGGCGCGGCCGUCAUGGGCAAAGCAAUUCAGGAAAUCAUGCUGGAAUCGCAGAGCUGGUACGCCAAGGCAUCCGGGAUAGUCGAGGAGUGCCUUUAUGCGAUGCGCACUGUUGUGGCCUUUGGGGGCGAGCAUCGCGAGCUGAAGAAGUUUGCAGAAGCCUUGGUCUAUACCCGUCGCGGAGGAACCAAGAAUGGCUUCAAGGUCGGGGCCGGUAUGGGAUACACCAUGUGUGUUGUCUUCCUUGGCUACGCUCUUGCCUUCUGGUUCGGUAUGACUCUCCGUUACCACGACCAGAUCAACCCAUCUACCGGGAAGCUUUGGGAGCCCGGCACCAUUAUGUCGAUCUUCUUUUGCAUCUUCAUUGGGAGCUUCAGCAUUGGAAGCCUGGACCCGAGCUUGAAGGCCAUGCGGGCUGCGCAAGCAGCAGCUGGACGCUUCUACUCCAUCCUUAACAACAAGUCUGUGAUCCAAUGUCGGUUGGAGGAUUCUCGUGACAGCAUCGACAGCAUCGAGAGCUUUGAGUUCAAUGAUGUCCACUUUACUUACCCCGCACGUCCAGAUGUGAAGGUUAUCAAUGGGCUGUCCCUCACCGUCCAGCGCGGUCAGAAGGUCGCCUUUGUCGGGGAGUCUGGCUCCGGGAAGUCCACCGUCAUGGCUCUCCUGGAGCGGUUCUACGAUCCUGACGCUGGCGUCGUCUCGAUCAACGGCAAGGAUAUGAGAUCCUUCAAGGUGGGUGCGCUGCGACGAUGCAUCGGGUAUGUUGGCCAGGAGCCGGUGCUGUUUGCAAGCUCAAUUCGCAACAACAUCAUGCAGGGCAACCCGGAGGCCAGCAAGGAAGCGUUCACCAAAGCCUGCAUGGAUGCACAACUGGACUACGUGGAGAAUCUGCCGGAUCAGUACAACACAUUCGUUGGCAGUGGUGGAGGGCAGCUCUCAGGAGGUCAGAAGCAACGCAUCGCCAUCGCGAGGGCUUUGCUCAAGAAAGCAUCCUUCCUCUUCCUUGACGAGGCCACAAGCGCCCUGGACAAUGCCUCAGAAAAGAUGAUCCAGGCAACCAUCGACAACAUCAGCAGCAACAUGACAGAUGGAUUAGGAAUUGUCAGCAUUGCCCACCGACUCUCGACUGUUCGCAAUGCCGACGUCAUCUACGUGCUCAGCAGAGGUUCGCUGGUCGAACGAGGAACUCACACGUCACUGAUGGAGAAGAAGGGCACGUAUUAUGCGCUUGUGGCGGCACAGGAGUCGUCGGACCAGGCAGAUGAAGUGGAGAACAACGAGAACGAGGCUGCUGCGGAGGAGAAGGCAACCAGGAGGCAGUCGACGGUUUCAGAAGAGUCUGAGACUGCUCGCGCCGCAAAAGAGAAGAAAGCGGAGGAGGAACGCGAAAAGGAGAUAGUCACGAACUACAAGGUCCCCAUGGCACGCCUGCUCAGCUACAACAAACCGGAGUGGCCGUUCUUUGUUCCUGCAGUGCUUGGCGCGCUCGCUGAGGGUGCAGCAAUGCCGGUCUGCACCAUCGCUUUGGUCGGUUCCAUGGAAGCCUUCUUCAUAACAGACAAGGAGGUCAUGAGAUCGGAACUUGAGCUUAUGGCUAUCAUUUUCGUCAUUAUCGGCGUCUCCAACUUGAUUGCUGCUCUUCUGUCGAACGGGUGCUUCGCAAUUCUCAAUGAGGCGAUGACUCAGCGCUUGCGCAUUGCCAUUUUGACAUCUAUGUUCCGCCAGGAGGUGGGCUUUCACGACGAUCCUGCGCACACACCUGGGAUGCUGUCGAAAGCCCUAGAGCUUUGGGCCUUCCGUGUCACUGUGCUGUGCAACUCAGUGGCGUCGAAGGCUUCAGCAAUGGCCUCGCUGCUCGUCGGCCUCGUCAUUGCCUUCGUUUACUGCUGGCAGAUGUCGUUGGUUAUGCUUGGCUCAAUUCCCAUCAUGGUCAUUGCCAAUGCCCUCCAAAUGAUCGUGUUGCUGGGGGCUUCCAAGAAGGAGAAUGCCAAUCUCACCAAUGCCCAGCAGAUCGUGGUCGACUCUGUCAUGAAUGCCCGCACUGUUCAGGCAUUGGGUGUGGAGAAGUCACUGGUCACCCUUUACAUGGGCUGGGUAAACAAGUCAUCCGAAGGCUUGUGGCACCGCAAUCUUCUCGCUGGUUUGGGCUUCGGUGUGGCCAGCGGCAUCCUCUUCCCGGUGAUGGCUGGUGGCUUUUACGUGGCAUCAAUCCUCAUCCGUGGCGGAGCAGCAGACUUCAGGGGUGUCAUGAUGGCCUUCAUGGGUGUAUUCUACGCCGGGGCUGGAGCCGGCCAAGCUGCAGCCAUGGCUGGCGAUGCGACGAAGGCCAAAGUGGCAUGUCACGACAUGUUCAAGCUCAUGGACCGAGUUUCCCAGAUCAAUGGCCUUGAGCCGACAGGAGAAAAUCCGAAAGGUCUCGAAGCUGGCCACAUUCAGUUCCAGGACGUGAAGUUCUUUUACCCUUUCCGUCCAGAGAUGCAGGUGCUCAAGGGUAUUGCUUUCACGAUCUCUGCGGGAAUGUCUGUGGGCCUGGUCGGGCCGUCUGGAGGCGGAAAGAGCACAGUGAUGUCCCUCAUCCAACGAUUCUACGACCCCCAAGAGGGCAGCGUGCUGAUUGGCAAGGAGCGGGUGCCCCUGAACACCGUCAAUAUACGGUGGUGGCGGCGGCAGAUCGGCUUCGUGGGACAGGAGCCGGUGCUGUUCAACACCACAGUGCGGAGCAACAUAAUGUAUGGCUUGUCCGACGACGAGUCUGUCAGCGAGGAGUACAUAAGGAAAUGCGAGGGCAUGUGCAACCUCGGGUUCUUGUAUAAAAAUGGCAACAACGGCCUCGAGACGGAAGUGGGCCCACGGGGCAGCCGUCUCUCAGGUGGUCAGAAGCAGCGCGUUGCCAUCUGCCGCGCCCUCAUUCGCAAUCCACCAGUGAUGCUCCUUGAUGAGGCAACUAGCGCUCUUGACACGCAGAGCGAGGCCAUCGUCCAAAAGGCGCUGGAGGCGGCACGUGAAGGUCGCACAUCUUUCGCAAUUGCUCACCGCCUUUCUACUGUGCAAGGUUGCGACAUCAUCCUCGUAAAUGCUGACGGCCGUGUUGUAGAAAGUGGCAAUCACGCCCAGCUGAUGCAACAGAAAGGAGUGUAUUACAAGCUCCAGAUGCAAGCGCAGAAAUGA